CGCAGGUCGCACCAGCUCUCGAGGCCUGGAGGCCCGCCUCUUCCCGGAAGAAAAAUGGCCGCGGCCUAGCCGACUCUGUUUGGAGGCGUCACGGCGCUCGGCCCUCUUUGCUACUGGCCACGCUUGCAGGCCGUCUCACGGUUGGGCCCAGGUGGCCAUGGCAUCCAGGCAGGCUCCAGGCAGCGUCCUGGCUCCUCGCAGCCUCUGGCUCCUGGGUGCCGUGCUUCUGGUUGGGGCAUCCGCCCGGCCUGCCAACCACUCGUCUGCCCGGGACAGAGCAGGCCGCAGGGAGGACAGCGAGAUCCUGCCCCCGGACCACCUGAACGGAGUGAAGCUGGAGAUGGACGGGCACCUCAACAAGGACUUCCACCAGGAGGUCUUCCUGGGGAAGGACACAGACGGGUUCGAGGAGGACGCAGAGCCUCGGAAGAGCAGGAGGAAGCUGAUGGUCAUCUUCUCCAAGGUGGACGUCAAUGCCGACAGGAGAAUCAGCGCCAAGGAGAUGCAGCGCUGGAUCGUGGAGAAGACAGCCGAGCACUUCCAGGAGGCCGUGAGCGAGAGCAGGGCGCACUUCCGUGCCGUGGACCCCGACGGUGACGGCCGCGUGUCCUGGGACGAGUACAAGGUGAAGUUCCUGGCCAGCAAAGGCCACAACGAGAGGGAAGUGGCCGAGAAGCUGAAGAACGACCAGGAGCUCCAAGUCGACGAGGAGACACAGGAAGUCCUGGAGAACCUCAAAGACCGCUGGUACCAGGCGGACAGCCCGCCCCCGGACCUGCUGCUGACGGAGGAGGAGUUCCUGUCCUUCUUGCACCCGGAGCACAGCCGCGGCAUGCUGCGGUUCAUGGUCAGGGAGAUCGUGCGGGACCUGGACCAGGACGGUGACAAGCAGCUCUCGCUGCCCGAGUUCAUCUCCCUGCCCGUGGGCACCGUGGAGAAUCAGCGGGGCCAGGACAUCGACGAUGGCUGGGUGCGGGACAGGAGAAAGGAGUUCGAGGAGCUGAUCGACGCCAACCGUGACGGCGUUGUGACCAUGGAGGAGUUGGAGGAGUACAUGGACCCCAUGAACGAGUACAACGCCCUCACUGAGGCCAAGCAGAUGAUUGCCGUCGCCGACGAGAACCAGAACCGCCACCUGGAGCCUGAGGAGGUGCUCAAGUACAGCGAGUUCUUCACGGGCAGCAAGCUCAUGGACUACGCCCGAAAUGUCCACGAGGAGUUCUGAGCCCCGCCUGCUGUGCGGGGCGUCUGUGGGGCGUGCGGGAGGCCCGCGCAAUCUCAGCGUCUGGCUUCUGAGAACUCGGAGGGAGGCGCCUUCAGGGCCCGAGCACGGCAGGGCCUGCGGGCUCGCCGAGCCGGAGAAGCAGCAAGGCUGCUGGUUGCCUUGAAGCCGAAGGCUGAGGCCCCGGUGGCCAUGCUCUGGUGGAGCCCACGCUGUGUCGGCGGCGGCGGCGGGUGGGUGGCCAUCCCAGUUGCUGUCGGGGUUUGGUCUCUGAGGAAACACAUGCUUGUGGCAGGAAUCACAUUAACUUACUUUAAAAUAUAGUUGCCUCUUCCUCCCGG